AUGAAGCACCAUCUUGCAGGCAUACCAGGUCAAAUAUCUGCUUGCAAGAAAGUUCUUCCUGAUGUUCGCCAUAGAAUGGUAGCUUUAUUAGAAAGUAUUGAACAAAAGAAAAAUGAAGCCAAGAAUAACCGCAAUGAAGCAUUUGGUGAUGGAGCUAUUAAUGAAGUUGGUAAUGAACUUAAUGCUUGUCCAACUGUAACACCAGCAUCUACUCAAAGCAAAGGAAAAAGGAAAGCUACUGGUGAAAUUAACAAUUACUUUGCUCCAAGAACGACUCCUGGAUCCCAACCAACACUUAAAAGUGUUUUGUCUAGUAAAGAAGUUGUACACAAAGCUAAGAUGACAAUUGCUAGAUGGUUUUUUGAUGCUUGCAUUCCAUUUAAUGCAUUACAAUCACCAUAUUUUCAGCCAGCAUUGGAUGCAGUUGUUGCCAUUGGCUCUGGUUUUAAAGGUCCAUCUUAUGAUGAAUUAAGGGUCAACUUGUUAGGAGAUUGCAAGAAAGAGUGUCAGUUACUUGUUGAAAGCCACCGGGCCAAUUGGGCUAAGUAUGGAUGUACAAUCAUGGCUGAUGGAUGGAGUGAUCAACAACAAAGAACUUUGAUAAAUUUUAUGGUUUAUUGUCAAACAGGCAUGUCAUUUGUCAAAUCUGUGGAUGCGUCUGAUGUUGUGAAAGAUGCUUCAACAUUGUGCAACUUAUUUUCUGAAGUUAUUGAGUGGGUUGGACCUCAAAACGUGGUUCAUGUUGUCACAGAUAAUGCGGCUAACUAUGUAGCUGCCGGUAAAUUGCUUCAUCAGAAAUAUGAGAACAUUUUUUGGACUCCAUGUGCUGCUCAUUGCAUAAAUCUCCUUUUGAAGGAUAUUAGUAGCUUGCCACAUAUUGCAGAUCUUGCCUCAAAAGCUUCUAAGGUGACUAUAUUUAUUUACAAUCAUAUGAUAUUUUUAUCUUGGCUUAGAAAAAGAAGUGGUUGGAAAGAAAUUGUUCGUCCAGGGGUGACUCGAUUUGCUACCACCUUUAUCACAUUGAAAAGUAUUUCUGAUCAUAAGUCUGAUUUGCAAGCUCUAGUUGUUAAUCAACACUUUACUGGUAAUAAGUUAUCAACGGGUACAGCUGGGAAACGUGUUAGUGAAAUCAUUUUAGAUAAUAAAUUUUGGAGGGAUUGUGAGGUGGUGUCAAAUAUUGCAGCUCCCAUUAUCCGACUACUUAGAAUUGUAGAUGGGGAUGAAAAACCCUCGAUGGGCUAUGUUUAUGAUGGCAUGCAAAGGGCAAAGAACGCAAUCAAGCGGAUGUUCAAGGAUAAGAGUGAAUUGUAUAAGCCUUUUGUUGAAAAGGAUAGAGUUGUGCAGUCACUUGUUGAUUUGUUGGAGGUGAAAAGUCUAUGUGCUAGCUUACCCAAAGCCCUUCUAGAGAUGAAUGUCUAUCGUGAGCGGAAAGAUUCAUUUAGUCGAGCAAGUGCUUUGCAAGCGGCAAGCCAAAUUCAACCCGCUCAAUGGUGGUCAAUAUAUGAGAGUAGUGCUCCAUUGUUACAAAAGAUUGCAAUUCGUAUUCUUAGUCAAACAUCAUCAUCUUCAGGGUGUGAAAGAAAUUGGAGUCUCUUUGAACGCAUCCAUACCAAAAAACGAAAUAGACUUGAACAUCAAAGGCUAAGUGAUCAUGUUUAUAUUACUUAUAACUUGCGUUUGAAGAAAAGGAGUGAAUUGAAGAAGAGAACUUAUGAUCCUGUUGAUUAUGAAUGCAUCAAUAAUGUUGACUUUUGGGUAGUUGAGGAAGAAGCACCUCCUGAGUUUGAUGAUAAUGAGGCUGAGCUUGUGAAUAACAUUUAUGAAGAUGAUGCAAGAGAUGUUGCAGGUGGUGAAGAAGUUGACAUUUCAGAGGAGCCACUGAUGGAGUCAGUUGAUUUUCAAAUUGGGGCAAAUGUUGAAUCAUCGCCGUUUGAUGGAAUAGAGUUCAAUCUUAAUGAUGUUAAUGAUUUCUGA